GAUCGUCGCCCGAGUUCGUUUCAGUUUCCUGGAGUUCUUCGAGGAGGCUGAGGACGCAGUUGCCUCCGGCUCAAGGAUCCGGGCUUUCAGUGCACCACCGCUCCGAUCUGCGACUGUGCCUUCAUGCGCGGAGGAGCCAGUGCUGCUAGAGUCUGCAAAGGAGUCAAAGGAGUCGCCUGAGCCGGUACGCAAUCGUGGUAGCGAAGGGCAUCCGUUCUUCUGCGCUCGCCCUUGCAUACGCUACCAAACCUCCGGCACCUGCCAGCUUGGUUCCGAUUGCGGCUUUUGCCAUCACGUGCACGAGCCCGAAAUCAAGCUGGACAAGAGGCACCGUGCGGCUGU